GAAAACCCUGACGCGGCGUGGGUCUAUUUUGAGGAAGUUAAACCGUCGCAGUCGCCAAACAAACAGCGAGAAAACCUUCACGGUCCGGGACGCGGACUCUCACUGAACCUGGACGAACCGCGGCCUCGCAGAUGUUUAUCAGAAUAACGCUGGGUUUCCUGUGCGGCCUGGGCUGGGCGGCUGCGGCGUGGGGUGCAGGCAGCGAGGCGGUCGGCGGGGGACCGCUGCCGCUGCUGCUGGUGUCGUUCGACGGCUUCCGCGCCGACUACCUGCAGAGGUUCCCCAUGCCGAACCUGAAGCUCCUCUACAGCCAGGGGGUCCUGGUGGAGCAGCUGACGAACGUGUUCAUCACCAAGACGUUCCCCAACCACUACAGCCUGGUGACGGGGCUGUACGCCGAGUCGCACGGCAUCCUGUCCAGCUCCAUGUACGACCCGGUCACCGACAAGAACUUCAGCACGUCUCAUGACACCGACCCGUUUUGGUGGAACCAGGCCGAGCCCCUGUGGAUCACGGCGCUGGACUCGGGCUACCAGACGGCAGCGGUGAUGUGGCCCGGGGCGGAUGUUACCAUCGGGAACCGCACGGCCACGCACUUCUUCCCCUACGACCCCGCCAUGACCUUCCGAGAGAGGCUGGGGAACGUGACCGGCUGGAUGGCCGGGAACGGAACGGUAGGGAACGGAACGGGGAGUGGAGUAAUGUUUGCAGCGCUGUACUGGGAGGAGCCGGACAGGACGGGUCACAUAUACGGCCCUGAUGACACCACCGCCAUGGCCAAGGCUCUGAAAGAGGUGGACGACAACAUCGGCCUGCUGAUGACGGAGCUGAAGAGGGCGGGACUGUGGGGUCGGGUCAACGUGCUGGUGACCAGCGACCACGGCAUGGCCCAGUGCUCGGACCAGCGGCUCAUACGGCUGGACAACUGCCUCCACCCGGACAACUACACGUUGGUGGACCUGACGCCCGUCGCGGCGCUCAUCCCGAAAAGAGAUCCAGAUGCUGUCUUCUCUCUGCUGAGUAAGUGCCAUCCCCACAUGACGGCCUAUCUGAAGAACACCAUCCCCGAUAGGCUACACUACCGGAACAACAAACUGAUCCAGCCGAUCCUUUUGGUGGCCGAUGAGGGCUGGACCAUCGUGCAGCGGGGAGACCGUUUGCCGAGGCUGGGCGACCACGGCUACGACAACGCCCUGCCCAGCAUGCACCCCUUCCUGGCCGCCGCCGGACCCAGCUUCCGUCAGGGCUACCGCGCCACGGAGCUGCAGAGCGUGGACAUUUACCCCCUGAUGUGCCACCUGCUGGCUGUGCACCCGAGGCCCAACAACGGGACCCUGGCUCACUCCCGAUGCAUGCUGUCCGAGUCCAGCUGCAUGGAAGUACCAAUGAUCGUGGGCCUGGUGAUCGGCGUCCUCCUGUUACUCGCCACAAUCACCGCCCUCUUUAGGCUGAUGAAGCCCCGCCAGCCGCUGCUCUCCAGACCCUUCCAGAGGCUUCAGCUGGAGGACGACGACGACGACGACGACCCCUUAUUGGAGUAGAGCGGCCGACCGGCGUUGUGCCGCGAUCCAAUCAGACGUCUUCCCUGCUCUCUGUACUGUAAAUCUCUCUCUCUCUCCCCAAUGUGGUGGUUUGCUGUAUGUGUUGCACCUCAGUGUGUAAGAGGAGGAGGUAUUGAUGAUGAUGAUGAUGAUGAUGACGACGAUGAUGGCGGCGGUGAAGAAGACGAAGAUAAAUGUCCUGGACGCUUUAAAAGCUUCUUGAUAUGUUGCACUUUAACAGGUCGUCGUUCACAACGAGGUCACUGAGUAGACCUUCCUCGCGUCUUGUAUGCACUGAUGUGUGUGUGUGUGUGUGUGUGUGUGUGCGUGUGUGUGCGUGUGUGUGUGUGUGUACACUGGUAUAAAGAGUUGUUUUUAAAGCGUUGCCACCCCUUAAAUCCGAUUUGUGGAGCCUCUCGGGUACAACGGGAGACAUUAAGUAAACCGCUUCGGCUCAGACAGCCGGAGCGGAAGUUCUGCACGAGCUGUUACUGUUGAAAACGUGUUCUGUUACCGGCGGUACCGAGCCGACGCGCUCCAAUGUUCUGUCGAAACAAUGAAGCGGCAUCCCUGACCCCGUUUACACUUGGAUUUAAAAUGCGUCUUUUUCUGCGAUCGGAUCUCAAGUGGACAUACAGGUGUGAACGACCGCCGACACGUUCUGUGACCCGGGUUACUCAAACCACUUCCCGAUGUGGUCUGGGACGCAUUGGACCACAUGUCUUCUGUAGUGUGAACGCUAAUGCGUCCUGAUGCGUCCCCGACAAGGACGUUACAGGGAAUCUUCUUCUUCUUCUUCUUCUUCUUGAUCACACGGGUCAUUUGGAGACGCAUGGGAGACCCGGGUGUGAACGGCGACGCGUCUCGCUGUCCUCUUGUGAUCCCAUCGCCCAGAACGCGUUUUAAACCCCAGUGUAAACAGGGUCCCUGUCGGGUAACGCGUUGGAGGAGAUUCACUGGAUGUUGGACUUGAAGAAAACCGUAUAUUGUGUGUUUCAGUUGUUGUGUUCUGCCUCGUUGAGGUUUUGUAGUUCUGGAGCGAGACCUCCCAUCAUUUCCAGGUGGGUCUGUGAUUCUCCUUCGGAGGUCUGUGGACCCGUUUCUUUUCUUUCACCUUUUCGCCUGCCAGUGAUCCACCAAGCUGGUCCGUCCUCCCAGCCUGACUGGGAUCGGGACUUUUUAGCUGCCGUCACGGCAAACGAGCAAAACCAGUAAGUCGGCCAGUCGCCUCCGUGCCACCGGAUGUGUCGUCACGCUGCAGGGGCGCUUUUAUUCGGUCCGCUGCGCGUGCAUGUUGGGAGCGCUGCUUUUUUGUUGCUAGGUAGAUUUUGUGUCGCUAGAUGAUCUGUGCCGUGUGACGCCGGUACAGCCGGUCGCUGCUCAUUUCUUGCACAGCUGCUGACGUCUGCACGU